AUGGUGGAAAGUAUUCAAAUAAAUGAAUGUGAAACGAUGAAUGGAAAUUUGGAAUGUUUACCCAAUGGACAGUGUGUUGAUGAUAUUAACGGUUUUCAUUGUCAAUGUUUACCAGGCUUUACAGGCCCAAAAUGUAAAGAAAUAUUAAAUUUUAACCAAAAUAAAUGUCAAAACAAUACUUGUAAUAAUAAUGGAGAAUGUUUGGAAUAUUUAAAUAAUUCUACAUUUAAAUGUAAAUGUAAUGCUAAAUUUGUUGGAAAAUAUUGUCAAAUUGAUAAAAAUAAAAUUAAUUGUGUAGAUAAUAAUCCUUGUGAAAAUGGGGGUAAAUGCUUUGAAAAAGGACGAGGAGGAGGAAAUGGGCAAAUUAAUUGUUUAUGUCCCCCAAACUAUUCCGGACAAUUUUGUGAAGAUUAUACCGAUCCUUGUAGCGAAAUGCCCUGUCUAAAUGGUGGAAAAUGUAUUAACAUUCCUUCAUCAUCUCAACCUAAUUUUCGUUGUGAAUGCCCGAAAGAAUUUUCUGGGAAAUUUUGUGAAGAUUUUAAAGAUUAUUGUGGGAAUAGUAAGGAGGGAUUUGAUGGUAAUAUUAAUGCUUCUUCUCUUUGUUUUGGACAUGGAAUGUGUGAGAAUAUUUGGGGAGGAUAUAGAUGUAUUUGUAAUGAAGGAUGGCGUGGUCCUAACUGUUCAUCGCAAGUUGAUGUUUGUACAGAAGAAUUACCCUGUUUAAAUGAAGGAAGGUGUAUUCUGUUAGAUAAUGAGGGAAAAGAUAAUUCGACUCAAUCAACAUUUAGCUGUGAAUGUCCAAACUAUUUUGAAGGCGAACGCUGUGAAUUAGCUGGAACUUGUUCGAAAAAUCCCUGCCUUAACAACGGUCAAUGUAUACAAAAAAACAUAUCAGCACACAAAUGCGAAUGUCCAACAGGAUUUUGGGGGUUAUCCUGUGAAAAACGUUUAGACUUUUGUUUGGGAGAGCCUUGCAUGAAUGGAGGGACUUGUAUUUCCAAAACUAAUGGUUUUGAAUGUUCUUGUAUUGCUGGAUUUGUUGGAGAGAAGUGUGAGAUUGAUGUAGAUGAAUGCGAGGAAGCUUUGAAAGCUUUAAAUAAAAAUGGGACAAACGUUGAUAUUACUAAGAUAUGUGGAGUAGGAAGAUGUGUGGAUAGAGUAAAUGGAUUCGAAUGCGAUUGCAGUGGAACUGGAUAUUCGGGUUCUUAUUGUGAAUUUGAUAUCGAUGAAUGUGAAACUACUUCUUCCUCUUCAAUCUGCCAAAACAAUGGAACAUGCCACAAUUGGCCAGGAACUUUUAAAUGUGAAUGUAAAUUAGGCUUCAUCGGCAUUCAUUGCCAACUCCCCAAUCUUUGCCAUCCCGACCCCAAUUUAAACCAAACACUUCAUAAUUGUGUUCAUGGUCGUUGUGUCCGUCCUCGUGUAGUGUUGGGUGUUGAUGGGCAUGAAUAUGCAACUCAUGAUUGUGAAUGUAUGGCUGGUUAUACUGGAGAUUUAUGCAUGCGCCUAAUAGAAUCACAACAACAGUCAAUAUCCUUAUACAGCUUUAUAGCAUUAGGAGUUGUUGUAAUUGUGUUGUGUAUAGCUUUGGGUUUAUUAUUAAAUUUUUUUAUUGUUUGUACAAAAAGAAAACGAGCAAAUCAGGGAACUUAUAGUCCCUCAACACAAGAAAUGACUGGAAAUGCUAGAUUUUUUAUUACAGCAAAUUAUCAGCAAAAAUUAAAUAAAAAUAAACAAAAAAUACAAUCACCUAAAAGAAAAAUUUAG